UAUGGGGCCAUAGUAAGCAGGAGUAUACGGGCGGUAUAUAAGUGUGGUGAAGCAGGGGCGCCAUCUAGUGUACUUCACUCUCAGGAUACCACUCGGCUGUACCUCUAGCACCACUCCAACAUGUGUGACGAAGACGUGAGCCCCUUGGUUGUGGACAAUGGCUCCGGCAUGGUCAAGGCCGGCUUCGCCGGUGACGACGCUCCCCGCGCCGUCUUCCCCUCCAUCGUCGGCCGUCCUCGUCACCAGGGUGUGAUGGUCGGUAUGGGUCAGAAGGACGCCUACGUCGGUGAUGAGGCCCAGAGCAAGAGAGGUAUCCUGACUCUCAAGUACCCCAUCGAACACGGCAUCAUCACCAACUGGGACGACAUGGAGAAGAUCUGGCAUCACUCCUUCUACAACGAGCUUCGUAUUGCCCCUGAGGAGUCCCCAGUCCUCCUGACGGAGGCUCCCCUCAACCCCAAGGCCAACCGUGAGAAGAUGACACAGAUCAUGUUCGAGACCUUCAACACCCCCGCCAUGUACGUGGCCAUCCAGGCCGUGCUGUCCCUGUACGCCUCUGGUCGUACCACAGGUAUCGUGCUUGAUACUGGUGAUGGUGUCACCCACACCGUCCCCAUCUACGAAGGUUACUGUCUUCCCCACGCUAUCCUUCGUCUCGACCUGGCUGGCCGUGACUUGACUGCUUACCUUACAAAGAUCAUGACAGAGCGUGGUUAUUCCUUCACCACCACGGCUGAGCGAGAAAUCGUUCGCGAUAUCAAGGAAAAACUUUGCUAUGUCGCCCUCGACUUUGAGAACGAGAUGAAUAUUGCUGCUGCUUCUUCAUCUCUUGAAAAGUCCUACGAACUUCCCGAUGGUCAAGUCAUCACCAUCGGUAACGAACGUUUCCGUGCUCCCGAAUCUCUAUUCCAGCCUUCCUUCCUGGGUAUGGAAUCUGUCGGUAUCCAUGAGACCGUCUACAACUCCAUCAUGAGGUGCGACAUUGAUAUCAGGAAGGACCUGUUCGCCAACAACGUUUUGUCUGGUGGUACCACCAUGUACCCUGGUAUUGCUGACCGCAUGCAGAAGGAAAUCACAGCUCUGGCUCCCCCCACCAUCAAGAUCAAGAUCAUUGCUCCUCCCGAGCGUAAAUACUCCGUCUGGAUCGGUGGCUCCAUCCUGGCCUCUCUCUCCACCUUCCAGACCAUGUGGAUCACCAAGGAGGAAUACGACGAGUCCGGCCCAGGCAUCGUCCACCGCAAGUGCUUCUAAGAAGUACACUAUCGAAAUCACAUGUGAAUUGUUAUUAUUGUUAAUAUUUUAUCUAUAUGUUUCCUGCAUACAAUUUUUUGAAUGUGGGCAUAUCUGUUAACAACAAAAAUAAAAGUAAUUACUGUGGAAGAAAAUGUUGUAAUUAUAGUCCAUAUUUUUACGGUUUUAAAUUGCUCUGUAUACAUGGAAAAUAAUUAUAAGCGAGAAUGGAAAACAAGAGGUGCAUUAUA